UGUUAUCUAAGUUAUCUGGUUUUUCACUGUUUUCUAUUGAUUUCCAAAAUAAACAUUUGAAAACUAUAAUAGUUCUGACUCGUGACUGCAGUCGAAAGUGAUUUUCAUGGCUUGUCAGUACUAAUCAAAGACGAGUAACGGAGCACAACUGUUAAUCUCGAAGUGAAAUCGAUAAGGAAGUGAACAUGUUGAGUUAUAUCAAAUGCACAGGAACCCAGUUUACCGGCCGCAGAUUUUUUAGCCUUUUGAGAGAUAAAAACUUUAUUGGAGGAAAAUGGGUUGCAGCAUCUUCUGGCAAAACGUUUGAAGUAACAAAUCCUGUCAAUGACAAAGUCAUUGGAACAGCUCAGGACUCAACUGUUGUGGAUGCAGAAAAUGCAAUUGAAAUUGCCAGUAACAGUUUUAGGAAUUGGGCAGAAUUGCCAGCAAAGGAGAAAGGAAUAAAGCUCAAAAGCUUGCUGAAGCUUGUCAAUACUCACAGUGAUGAUCUUGCAAAAAUUAUCACGGCUGAAUGUGGCAAGCCCUUGGCAGAGGCCAAAGGAGAAGUCAUGUAUUCUGCAGGCUAUCUAGAAUGGUAUGCUGAAGAAGCCAAAAGAAUUUACGGUGAAGUUUUGGCUGCACCAAACAAUACGAGAGAGAUGGUAGUCUUGAAAGAACCGAUUGGUGUGGUUGGCUUCAUCACUCCAUGGAACUUCCCUUUGGCCAUGCUCGUUCGUAAAACUGCAGCUGCUCUUGCUGCCGGUUGCGUUUGCGUAGCCAGACCCGCCGAAGACACGCCAUUUUCUGCACUAGCUCUAGCUGCCUUGGUAGAAAAAGCUGGUUUCCCAGCCGGAACUUUCAAUGUCGUGACAUCGUCACGAUCCCAAGCCGGACCCAUCGGUCAAGUAUUCUGUUCCAGCCCUAAAGUGGCUGGCAUUUCGUUCACAGGAUCGACUGCCGUUGGUAAAAUACUUUACCAACAAUCUUCCGGCACCGUCAAACGACUUGGAUUGGAACUCGGUGGCAACGCGUCCUACAUCAUAUUCCCAACUGCCGAUCUAUCGAGAGCUGUUCAAGGUGUCAUGGCUUCCAAAUUCCGAAACGCUGGCCAAGCUUGCGUGGCCACCAACCGUGUACUUGUCCACGAAUCGGUUUUUGACAAGUUCUCCGAGAUGCUGGCCACAGCUGUCAAGAAUCAAUUGGUCUCUGGCGACGGGUUCGACCCCGCCGUCAAUCAAGGGCCACUCAUUAACGAGCAGCAGUUCCAGAAAGUCGACGGGAUCGUCAGAGACGCCGUGAGCAAAGGAGCUCGUCUCGUCUCUGGCGGCGGGAUUCAUCCGACUCUGAAGGGUCGCUUCUAUCAACCGACGGUGCUCGCCAACAUCACCGAGAACAUGAAAAUCUACAGCGAAGAAAUCUUCGGACCCGUUUGCCCCCUCUACAAAUUCUACUCCGAGGACGAGGCUGUGACCAUCGCCAACAGCACGAGACGGGGGCUGGCCAACUAUUUCUACAGCAACGAUUACGCCCAAGUGUGGCGAGUGGCCAAACGUCUCGAGUCGGGAAUGGUGGGCGUCAACGAAGGCCUCAUCUCUGCAGCUGAAGCGCCGUUCGGCGGCGUCAAAGAAUCCGGUUUCGGUCGUGAAGGCUCCCGUCACGGAGUGGACGAUUACGUCCACACCAAAUACGUCUGCUUUGGCGGAUUAAACAAUUGAAUGAAUUAAAUUCCAAAAGGUUCACAUUUUUACAAAACCCAAAAUAAAAAGUCUUCCUACAUUACGAAUGUGAAUUUUAAAAACAUGUUUCAAAUCAUACCGUGGUGUGUGUACGUGGGUAUACAAGUUUAUUAAUGUUUAA